AUGGAGGGUACUGAAGGGAGCGAGAAUGUUUCUCUGGGAAAAUACAGAAAAUCUGGCAUUCAAGCACCAGAAGUCUCUCCCAAUCCCUACGGCCGACUUCUUGUGUAUACCUGGGGAAUUGGCGGUGCUCGUGUUGCACGUCCUUCGAACCCAAGCGCAACUCCUCCAAAUAUCGUAGAAAUUCCUUCAAAAUUUUCGUCACAAGAUAUUAUACAUAUAUCUUUUUCGGGUCACUCAGCUUUCUUACUUCGUUCAGGUGAACUUCUAACUGCAGGAAGAAAUGAUAGCGCUGGUGGGGGUGGCAGGGGUUCUCCACCAAUUGAUGACUCUGGACAACUCGGCCGUGAUGGAGACAUAAACAGUGCUCUUCCUGUUACCUUGCCAGAUAACGCUAAAGUUACAGCGACAUCUUGUGGUCGCUAUCACACAGUCGCACUGACAUCAACUGGCGAAGUCCUCACCUUUGGCCUGAAUGAUCGAGGACAGUUGGGCCGCUCAGGUAUUCUUGGCUCGACAACUCGCUCGUGUGGGUGUGACAGCGGAGGUAAUUGCAACUGCAGCAAUGAUUCAACUUCAAAUAGUAAACCUGGAAGUGCCUGUAUAGGCGGUUCAACGUGUCGUUCAGGUAUAGCAACAAAAGUAUUGUUUGAUGGUAAAAUACUCGGUUUUGAUGACAAAUGCAAGGCGAAAGCUGAGUGUCAAUUAAAUACGAGAGCAGUUGCUGUUGCAGCUGGAAGAUAUUCUUCUGCGGCAGUUUUUGAGGACGGAACUUUAGUAGUAUGGGGACUCAUCGCCUGCGGAACUGCUUCGGAACUUUUAGAGAAGAAUGAAUAUACUGAAUCCAGCGAUAUUCGUUCUAAACUGCUACAUGACCCAAAUUUUGCUGCUUCGCCUAGAAAUAUACGUUUAGAUCCUCCUCCCAAAGAAGGCGUAAAGAUAUUGGACGUUGCUUUAGGUUACGUCCAUUUAGUAGUUCUGACUAGCGAUGGUUCGGUAUACACGUGUGCAACAGGAUUUGAUGGCUACGCUAGUAUUGUUAAGCAGAAAAAUGAGCUUACCUCGGGAUUAGGAAGGAAGAUCGAUUCGGUCGAAGAAGCUCUUAAGCUCCAAAAAGUUUUAUUUCACUCCAGUUCAAAUGAAUUCAUCGAAGUUUCCACUGGCAGGUGCCACGUACUAGCGCGCAAUAAAGCAGGAGAGGUGUAUAGUUGGGGUUGUUCCCGUAAGUCUCUUGGUCGAACUAAUGGUGAACAAGAGGAACCCGGUCGCGUCAAAGGUGCAAUAGAGGAUGAAUAUAUUAGUAGCGUUGCAUCUGGAGAAUAUUUUUCAUUAGUGUCCAGUCUUACUGGUAAAGUAUAUGGUUGGGGUUCAAGCUCAAAUGGCCAAUUAGGCCAAAUAUCCUCACGAGAUGAAGAAAUACCAUUUCCUAUCGAUGAUAUAAAAGGAAAGGUUGUAAGAGUAAGCGCUGGGUAUCAACAUGCAGGAGCAAUUGUCGGAAUAUAA